ACAUGUAGCGGAUGAGUUGCUAAUACCGAUAUAUGGUGAUGUAUCUCCUGUGAGAUGUAAACUGCGCAGUUGUUAUAGUUAGUUGUGUGACAGCAGUAAAACUGUCCGACUCUUAAAUGCACCGGCAGCUGUCAGUAUUUGUGGACGCUGCUGUUAACGGACUUCGCUAAAGUUUGCUUUCAUUGAGAGUUUAACACAGUAAGCCCCAGUUUACCUGUACUAUUCAAUCCGUGCGCGCUCACAUUUUUUAUUUUCCAUACAGGUUAUGGGGCAAAUUAGGACGUGGGUUUAGCGAAUAUUUGAAAUCGGCAGGAUUUAAAGUUAAUUUGCUAAUGAAGGCUUCUUUGAACAGACUGACAUUUGGAGCCGUUUCUUCAUCAUGUUGACUCUGUGUGUAAGAAACGUCCUGUCGAGGCGUUUCUUCACUUUCAAAACCAAACGCUGCACUGUAACACUGCUGCUGCUGCAGCACAGCUGGAGACGCUGCAGCACAGCACAGACUGAGACUCUAGACCGGGUCAGGAUGUUACUGCAGCUCUGCGUGGACCGGUACUAUGUCUCUCCAGGUCAGACUAACGUAGAGCUGUUUCAGCGCGGGCUGUGCUGCAACUAUGGACCUCUGGGCAUGGAGCUCAGGAGGAACCUGCUGGACCAGUGGUGGCACUCAGUGACCAAGUCCAGAGCUCAAGUGUUUGGGAUUAACACCCUGAGCGGCAGCAGGGAAACAGCUGCAUUGGGACAGGGCCAGCUGCGGAUUGUUGAAUAUGAACACCUGAAACAGAGUGUAGAGCAGAAGGAGCUGAAUAAGGAGCAGCUCAUCCAGGAGGUGCACAUGCUCCUGCAGAGGUCCCCAAGCAUGAGAACAAACUUAUUGCAAGGUGCCUUGGAGCAGUUUGUUCCCUCAUUGGAGCUGGUGAACAGGAAGCUGCCGUUUGGUCUGGCUGAGACGGGUCUGUGUUUCCAGCCUUCAGAGGGCUCUGGUUGCUCAGCUGAGGUCACCCAAACAUCUCUAGUGUGGUUCUGCUCACCUCGCACAUCUUCUCAGUGGCUGGAUCACUGGACACGUCAGAGGCUGAAGUGGUGGAGAAAAUUUGCCCUCUCUCCAUCCAGCUUCAGCAGCAGUGAAGUCCAGCAGGAGGAGCUUGAAGAGGCGGCAUCUCGUGGUGUGAGGAUCAUCUACGAUUUCCCCUGGGGCCAGGAAAUCGUGGAGACACUGUGGAGUCGAGGAGACGCUGAGCUGCUGAGCAUACACAAAGGAGCCCGGUCCAAACUGCAGUGUCGAGAUGGACGCAAGUCUGUUCCUCAUGUUGUCUCCAUCACCGCGAACAUGGACCGUGGUGUGAUGGCUUUUCUGUCCAACUCACUUCAGCAGCUAAAGAGAGAAGACAGCAAGCAGAAGCUGCAUCAGAGAAAGGUUCUGAAACUGCAUCCAGUGUUGGCUCCCAUUAAAGUGGCUCUAAACAUUAGUAGGGGAGCCACUGUGGAGCUGAGGCAGGUUUGUGAAGGCCUUCUGCAGGAGUUCCUGGAAGCUAAGAUCUCUGUGUGGCCGGGAUAUCUUGAAACUCUGCUAACAUCAAUGGAGCAGCUGAAUGCCAAAUACGAUGAGAUGGGAGUUCUUUUCACCAUCGUGAUCGGUGAGAACACGUUGGAAAGCGGUCUCCUUCAGGUCCGCAACAGAGACACAACCAUCAAAGAAACCAUGCACAUCUCAGAGAUCAAAAACUUUCUAUUUAGAUACAUUUCUGCAACCGACAACAUCUGAGUGUACCUGUUGUUUGGAACGCCUGUCUCAGUUUGUAUUCCUUUUUAAAGACAAAAUGAUGGUCAGGGACGUCCUUGUGAAACAUAUUUCCUCUGAAGGGUCCAAAUAAAGUAACAAUUGUGAAUGUAUCUUUGGAAUACGUGGUUCAUGGUGGGCCAUCAUCUACUUCAUCUUAAAGGCUAAGAGACUAUUUGGAAUUGAGGUGCACUCACACCCACUGUGUAUAACAUAGCCCCACAGUUCUUAUUACUAACUUACUACAGCUUCUUUCCAGUACAUUCAAGGCACCGAGGUGCUUAUAUCAUGUUUUAUUGUUUAGUUUUUGUGUUUUAAUCUGCGUGUAAUCAG